AUGGUGACGAGACAACAAAGUCAGCGAAGAGAUCUUGAAGCCCAAGACGAACAGCAAUCGGGUUUAUCCAAGGAAACUGAGUCGAAACUGGUUAACUUACAGUCUUUACUACGGAAAUUAGCAUAUUUUAACCGAGCAACAGACGAGAUUUUGAGAGUGAAUUCGAAAGAGGCGAUAAUACGACAACAAACAACGCUAAAAACCAAGGUAAGCGAAGCGUAUGGUUUGAUUGAGCUUAUACAAUGCUUGAAAAUUGAUGCAGGCGAAUCUGACGAAACUAUUGACGAGUGGACAAGCGAAAAUAAUGGCAGAUUACGUGAAUAUGAAGCGGCAAUCGAAGAGUUAA